AUGUGGACCUCUUCGAGACCUCGAACGGGAAUUAGGGUAGACGGACAAUCGAUCGAACUCGUCGACGACUUCUGUUACCUGGCUGUAUGCUGGAGUACAGCUACGAGAAAGGUACUCAACAAAGAUGCGCUAGUGCCAUCUCUGCACUCAGCUCCAUCACAAAAUGCUUGUGGUCAUCACCAGUGGAGUCAGUCUGCGAGUAUACGUAUCCGCAGUUCGCUCUAUCAUGAUAUGCGGAUCAGAGAUUUGGGCAGCACCGUCUAUGAUGGUGGAGAGGCUUGA